ACUUCCCCGCUGAGCAAGUACAUAGAGAGUGAGCAUCAGCAAGCGGGCCUCUUUUCCCUGUCUCCCUCCGACUCACAACUGGAUAUCGUUGUUGACUACCAAAAGAAGAGGAGGAAGAAAUGCGGCACCUGCGCUCCAUGCCUUCUCAAGCAGAACUGUGGUGCAUGUGUAAACUGCUUGAAUCGCAAGACGGGCAAGCAGAUCUGCAAGCUACGCAAAUGUGAAGAGCUGAAGAGGAAACGCUAUGACCGUGAGGGUGAUAUAACAAGGGUACAAAAUUUGGAAGAAAACAAUCCAGGUUGCUCGGGAAACCCUGAAGUGGCAGCUGAGACUGUUCACGAAGUCAUUUCAUUGGAUGGCCCCAGAGGUGGAGGCCAGAUGGAAAUUGGGUCACAUGACCGCCUCCAGGAAGGCGUGCUGAGCCUUGAACUGUCCAAUGGGGUGAAUUGUUACCCCAAUGAUGUUGAGGCAUCUGCAGAAACAGAGCAAAAGAGGGCAGCGGGUGUACCACAAAGGCAGUGCUGGGUGCCAACACAUGGCAAAGAUCAACAGCAACCAUCAGUGAAACAUAACAGCAGUUAUGCAAACCCAAGUGAACCUGUCCACCGUGUGGAUAUGGAAGAUGCUCACAAUCUGGUCACUUUUUCUGCCAUUGCCGGCACCUUACCUCCUUCUUCCACCUCAUCCUGUAUUCAAGUGCAUCCUGACACAACGCACUUGUAUGAGAAAUUCACCCAGGAAAUGGGUACUGGUGGGGCUCGGGUCGGACACUCCGCAGGGGCUGCUGACACAAGCCACCCACCUGCAGAAGACAUGAAAACCCUGCAGACAGCACUGAGCCAUGCAAAACAUGGUCACAAGCCUCCUAACUGUGACUGUGAAGGACCCGAUUGUCCUGACUACCUUGAGUGGCUGGAGAAGAAGAUAAAGUUGGCAACCGGUGAGACCCAAAACACCAGCAAGAGAAUUGAUUCCUCACAGGCCAACAUUCAGCAAUCCCAUCUGCAGAAUCAGUCCUACCUCCAGACUAAUGGUGGGCACCACCGUCCAACUUCUUCAGACCUCCAGCAACAUCAACGAACAAAAGGUCACCAUGCAGGCCAUGUACCCUGCUCGAAACUUCCUCCUAUUCCCUGCUCUCCACAGGUGCUAUCUAUAGCCAAGGAAAGAAACGUCAGUCUUCAAACAGCUAUUGCCAUUGAAGCCCUUACACAGUUAUCAGGGACUGGGAUUCUUGGUGCUAGUGCUCCAGAUCAAGCCCUCCCUAAUAAUAACCUCCAUCAUCACCAACAUGCCCAAGACCUCUCAUCUCCACCUCCGAAUUGCACUAACUUGAAUCCAUCCUCUGCAGUCAUCUGUCCAUCAUCACGCUCUCAGUCCGUCCCUCCAGGAUUAAAUAAUGAACAGGAGGCAGUGUCCUGUGAUACCCACAGGCCCCAUUCACAGGGCCAGCCCCCCCAUGCUUCUACCUCUCCCUUUCCAGGCCAGAGCAACCCUCAGAGUUUUGGUCGCAGUCCUCAGCAGUGGCAGCAGGUCACACACGGUGGUUCUGUAGAGCGGCUGUCCCGCUAUGCGAGUGUACCUCACACUAGGUCAGACCCAAUGUCAGAACUCAAACAGCUUUUGGGUGACACCAGUGGGAAGGUAGGAAAUACAUCUUUUAAGCUUCCAUCUACACAGAAACUCAGUGAGAAUGGAGGUAUGCAGGCACAGCCAUCUUUACCCAAGAUAAAGCAAGAGCCGGAUUUUGGUGAUUAUUCUGCCUCCAUAGGACAUUACAACAUUGAUCAUGGUCAGUUGCAGCCUCACAACUACCCCAGUUCUCCCAUGUCUCCUGGUCAACCAUCCAUUAGACACUCAACUCAGGCAGCUCUGCAACAGCAUCUUCACUACAAAAGGAACCUCUUCUCUAAUCAUUCCCCUGGCAUUGGCGCACCGGGUCCUGUGGCUUAUCAUAACGCAAAAAAAUGGUGGCCACAGAUGGAAGCUAAUGGUUUCAAUCAUCUGAACAUAAAACAAGAGCCCAAGGAACCCAAAAGGAGAAAAAUCAGCCAAGGAUCACCUGUCAUCAAAGCUAUGAGUGGGAUGCUCCCAGGCCCUCCACUUCCUAAACCCAAACAGAUUAUAAUCAAGAAGACCAAGCAAAAAGCCUCUGUGCCAACUUUCCUGCCUAAGAGUCAGAUAACUGUGGAAAAAACAUCACCCCUUAUGAUGGGCCGAACCAACACCCUGAAUAACCUACAACAAGGUUCACUGCCCCUUAUGCCCUCCCUCAGUAACUCUACUCAGGCAGCUGCUGCGGGCCCCACCGCCCCAGCUCAAUCUCAGGUAUCAAAACCCAACCUCUCAAUGGCUCCUUCUAUCACUAAUUCUACUUUGUCAGCGAACAAUCCCACCCUCAUGGGCUCUGUGCCCCCAUCAAUUGCCCAUGCAACUCAUGCUAAAUCACAGGAAGCGGUCAGCUUAGCCCAUAGCAAUGCUAACACCGCCUCAUCCUUGACCUCCGCAUCCACACCAAACACCUCACAAUUACCAGGGCUCAUAAAUAUCGACCCUAAGUAUGAAGAACUGAUUCUGCAGUUUGAGGCAGAAUUUGGGGACUCAUCUGCCGAAACACCUCCCAUCGAAGCUAUGCCCAGAACAGCUACAGCUUUGCAGACCAGCGCCCAAGAUCUUACAACACCUACCACACAAUAUCAAUCAUCCUCCACUCUUGAAUCCAGCUCCACACCUCAUCUGAACGAAAAGGAUCUCAACAGAGAUGAGUCAGAAGCCCAAAGUGAUCUUACCUCGAACCAACCAUCCACAGUAACCCCAGAGCAAGAGCAAUGGGAGCUCCAGUCCACGAUCCCCCACUCCGAGGAGACCCCACUCCAUAAGCAUCAACAAGAUAGUCAGAUGGAGGAAACGUUCAGCAUACCAUGUUCCCCAAUGCCUAAACGGAUGAAAAUUGAAGCUGCGGGUGAUUUAGCCAUUCUUUCCACCACUUGCUACUCUGAGGAGGACACGCCCACAAAGGAUGGACCGCCACUCUCUCCAUCUUUAAAAGGGUUUUUAGAGUCCCCCUUAAAUUAUUUAGACACGCCUACCAGGAGCUUGUUGGAUACACCUUCUAAAGAUCCACAGUCAGAAUUCCCCACCUGCGCCUGUGUGGAACAUGUCCAGGAAAAAGAUGAAGGGCCCUACUACAAUCACUUAGGAUCUGGACCCACUGUGGCUUCCAUAAGAAACCUGAUGGAGACACGGUAUGGGGAAAAAGGAGAGGCCAUUAGAGUAGAGAAAGUGGUGUACACCGGCAGAGAGGGAAAAAGCUCAAGAGGAUGCCCAAUUGCCAAAUGGGUGAUUCGACGGGGGAGUGAGAAAGAAAAGCUGUUGUGUCUGGUGCGUCAUCGGGCAGGCCACCAUUGUGACAACGCGGUCAUCAUCAUCCUCAUCAUGGCAUGGGAAGGGGUCCCAAGAUCUAUGGCUGAUACACUGUACCGCGAAAUCAGCGACACCCUCACCAAAUUUGGCAACCCCACCAGUAGGCGUUGUGGCCUCAAUGAUGAUCGUACAUGUGCAUGUCAAGGCAAGGACCCUGACACUUGUGGUGCUUCCUUUUCCUUUGGCUGUUCUUGGAGCAUGUAUUUUAAUGGUUGUAAAUAUGCCCGAAGCAAAACACCGCGUAAAUUCCGGCUACAAGGAGAGCGCCCUGAAGAGGAGGGAAAACUCAGGGAUCAAUUUCAGAAUCUGGCCACUGAGGUGGCUCCACUGUACAAGAGGCUGGCCCCUCAGGCCUACAGUAACCAGUGUCAGUCAGAGAGUAAAGCUUCAGAAUGCAGGUUGGGUUUGAAAGCGGGUAGACCAUUCGCAGGAGUAACCGCUUGCCUGGACUUCUGUGCCCACGCUCAUAAAGAUCAGCACAACCUUCACAAUGGUUGCACAGUGGUGUGCACUUUGACCAAGGAGGACAACCGCAUGGUGGGAGAGCUGCCUUCAGAUGAACAACUCCAUGUGUUGCCUCUUUACAAACUUUCCACCACUGAUGAAUUUGGCAGCGAGGAGGGCCAGCGCCUAAAAAUGAAGACGGGAGCCAUUCAGGUGCUUCAGGCUUUCCGCCGAGAAGUACGCAAGUUGCCCGAACCAGCCAAAUCGUGUCGACAGCGCCGUCUGGAUGCCAAGAAAGCUGCAUCAGAGAAGAAGAAGAGUAAACUCCAGCAGCAGGUGACAGGAACACCAGAGAAGACAGUGGUCAAAGCUGAAGUAUUCAGUGAGUCCCCUCAGCACCCUGGCAAUAAAGCAAUUAUAAAACAAGAGGUAAAGCCCAACAUUAAAAAGGAGCCUUUCAAUGGAUCAAUGGAUGGAUACUCUUUGCAAGCAGCAGAUGCAAUCAAGACCAUGUACCCACAUCCUGCCUACUAUGCAAGGGGAGGCCUCCCCACAACUGGCCAGCCCUCUGCAGGAGACCCAGUCAAUGGCUACAACCACAAUCUGCCAGCAUCGCACCAUGGCUUCUACAACCACUCCUCCAAUGCACUUUUCACACCUAAGAUGAGGACCUACGAGGGUCGCAAUGGCUCCUUGUCCAAAGCAGGAAGAAUGGCUUUGCAGGUUGACAAAAAGCCAGAUAUUCAGAGCCUUCAGGCUAGGCUAGCUCAUGCCUAUCCUGGUCAUCCAGAGCAACACAACCAAAAUCUUCCCCAGUCUUCAAACUAUAACCAGUCACGUCCUUCUUCUGUCUCCUCCGAGUCCUCCAAUAGAGGCACUCCAGUUAUUAAACAGGAGCCAAUGGAUAUGCCAGUCUGUGAGGAGACAGGCCCGAGUCAAACAGGCUCCAACACACCAAGUCCCAGCCCCCAACCUUCUACCUGGCCAGGAAAUAGGUUCAAUGGAAAUGUUGUUCCCACAAACUGGGAUAAUCAAAAUCCAAAACAACACCCUGAAGACUUUUCUAAUGCAGAAAAGCAAACAUUCCACCAGCAGCAAACCUCACCGUACCCCCAACCAUGGACAUCCUUCCCCAGCUCUAACACCCUGAGGGCGUCCACUGCUGCCUCACCUGUCCCCCGAGUACCGCCCUCCUCCUCUCCCCACUUAGGUUCUGCCACUCCCAGGCAGUGGGCCAGCCCUGCCCAAAGUCCAGAGCCGAACUCUUGGGCUAUGGGGCAUGGCGCAUAUAGCCCUGGUUUGAAGCACAGCAAUCUUGCCGGCGCCUACCCAGAUAAGAUGUGGUCCAAAACCGGUGAAAGUCGCUGUUCCACUCCCCUUGGGGUUCAAGAGAAAGCCUGGAAAUCUUACGGAGGCUCAGUCGCAGGCAGUACGCCGUCCCCCACCCCUGAAGGACGCCUCUUCCCCGAUGCCCUGCAACAGUCGGAUCAAGCUCGCUGGGACACCGGUCGAGUUAAUAGCGAUACCGAGAACACCAAGGGCCGUGACGAAGAUGACGAGGUGUGGUCCGACAGUGAGCACAAUUUCCUCGACCCCAACAUCGGGGGUGUAGCCGUAGCACCGGCCCACGGGUCCAUCCUAAUCGAAUGCGCUCGUCGGGAACUCCAUGCUACCACGCCGCUGAAAAAGCCUGAUCGCUCCCAUCCGUCUCGCAUCUCCUUGGUCUUCUAUCAGCACAAAAAUCUGCAGCAGCCCAUGCACGGAUUAGCUUUGUGGGAGGCCAAAAUGAAGAUUCUGGCAGAACGGGCGAUCCAGAUGCAGCAGGAAGCAGCUCUGCUGGGUCUCUCCCAGGAGGAAAUCAAGGCGCUUAGUAAGAAACGCAAAUGGGGGUCCAUGGCGGCAGGAGCCAGGUCAGGUGCCGGACAAUCGAAAGACAAGAGGGAGGGGCCUGUGACACGGUUAGCUCCCACUUUCCACACCACCUCAAUGGUUAAUGUGUCUCCCUAUGCCUUCACGCAACUCACUGGGCCAUAUAGCCACUUUGUGUGA